UUUCAAAGGGGAAUAAAAACACCGUCGGACUGAUGUGGGCGUGCGGAAAGCUUCCUGUUUUGAAUGAAGGAAACGACUGGAGCGAGUAACGUUAUCUGACUGAGUUUCUAACAACUUAAGUAAAUUAUCUCAAACCCUUUAAUUCAUCAUUCAGCAAUUACGAAUUGACAUACGAGAGUUGUGAAGAGCGCAGGAGCCAUGCCUUUCCUCCACGGGUUUCGUCGGAUCAUACAUGAUUACAAGCCGUUAGUAGAUGCUGUCAUGAAGGUGGUUGGACUGGAGGAAGGUGGUCACGAGGACAGAGUCACAAACCCUGAGGAUGAGUCUCGUCUUUGUAGCUCUCUAGUGGAGCUUCUGGAGCGGGAGUCCAAUUCAGAAGUGUUUGUGGAAGGCAUCAGCUGUGCUCUGUCUAAGGUAGCCGAGCACGGACUGGUGUACGCUGCUGAAAUCCUUCUACGCUAUGAAGCUAAUCUAAACUUUGAAGACCCAGUUUCUUACUACAAUCCUCUACAUAUGGCCGUUUUGAGGAACAGGCCAGACAUGGUGAGGCUGCUGGUCGGGCACGGCGCAGACGUUGAAAAGAGGGACAGGAUCCAUGAGAGCAGUCCUUUGGAUCUUUCCAGUGAGGAGUCUGAGAGGCUCCCCUGCCUGCUCGCCCUGCUGGAGCUGGGUGCUGAUGUGAAUGCGAGGGAUAAACAUGGAAAAACACCUUUGCUCCACGCCUUUGCAUGCAUCGACGGACUCACUGUGCACAACAUCGAGAACAUCGAGCAGCUCCUUCAGACAGGUGCUGACGUUCAUGCCGCUUCUGUAGACGGUGAAACAGCUGAGUCAGCGUUGGUGUUUAUGGUUACGGAGGCUCUGGACGCCAAUGUGGAGGAUGCUGCUGAGAUCGGCAACUUCUGCUUGAAAACCACUCGGCUACUGCUGUCUCACGGUGUGGACCCCAGCUCCUGUCUGAAUGAGGAUGGCCAUUCCUCCGUGAUGCCCUCCCUGACGCAGACAUGCCUGCGGCACUUUGACCUGCUCUUCCCUCUGGCUGUGCUCUUAAUUCAGAGCGGAGCCUCUUUGGUUUGCUCCCAUCACGGACACACUUGUUGGUCAGGUUACAACCUCCUUUUCUGCCGGCUCAAAAAGGCCCUGGAGCAGUGCUCUGAUCAAAGUCACGCCUCCGAGCUGCUGGAGAAAGCUGAGGUGUUGCUCGACAUGGCGAGGGUAGACCUCCUGCCGCGGCAUAUGCCUUUUCGGCUGGAGAUCCCUGUGCUCUGUCCGGACUCGCACCCCUAUACUCAGUCUCUGAGAGACCUGUACGACCGCGUAGUGGAGCAUGAAGCAAGCCCUCCUGCUCUGCAAAGCCUUAUUAGGGCAUUCAUAAGGAGCCACCUACAGCCGGGGCCCCUGGGAGACAGAGUCAAAGCGUUGCCAUUACCAGACAGACUGAAAGACUUUCUUCUCCCUGAGAACACGUAUACCCCUAAGCCUGGCUGGGACCGCUUCAAGCCCCAAGAUAGUCAGCGCUGACAACAUAAGCUACUGACUAGUUUGUGUAAGGUCCAAAUUGAAAGACUGAACUGGCUUGUUCUCUGACUCCCAGACAAACGUGUGAAUGUUUACUUUAAGACAAAGUGAUGUCUGUGCGAAUUAGCCGGCGAGUUGUAACUACAUUUUCACCUUUUGUGAUUAAGCUGCUGCACAGUGGAGUGACUCUUAUCAAUGUGUACAGGCAGUUGCAAUACAAAAUAG